AUGGUAGCCAUUAACUCCAAUACAAUGAACAACAAGGGCAACACAACUACCAAGAUGAUCAUGGCCUUUAUUUGUGGGAUUGCCGUUUCUCAGUUUUUCUUUUCCAUGUCCCUUCAUGGUGACAACUCGCAUUGCGACGAACAUAUGCUACUAGAUGGACAUGUAAUGGUAAACUCCAAGAUUCCAGAGCAAGCAGAAAGUCUAACACGAACUCUGGCAGAUGCUGCAUCCGAGACGACAGGAGGAGCUUUGAGAAUACCACAACCUUCCCCCACCGAUCCACCAACCCGAUCACCGACAGCAUCCCCAAUAGAACCCAAAAUUGAACCAGCAGCGAAUAUUGUCCAAACAGCAGCAACAACUCAAACCAAUGGCCCAGAAAUUGGAAGUCUGACGUAUCCAGCCUUUCCGUAUCACAGAGGUGUUUAUCCGCUCUUUUUCAAUCAGAGGCCCUCAGAUUUUGACAAUCGAACGUAUUGGAACACGGAGGACAAAUGCCGGUAUUCCUCCGCUUGGUUACGAGCAGCAGCUUCUUCUCCUACCCAAGAGGGAGGUGUCUGUCGACACGACAAUAAGGAGUGUCCAAUUUUGGUCCACACCGAAUUGCUCCUGAAACGAAACACCAGCAUGGUGGAUUAUCGCAAAGAACAAUUGCCAGUGCUUUCCUUCUUGGCGACUCAACACGAAUCCGUAAAAAUGAAUAUACUAGUGAACGAACAGGACCACAAGAAUCCACCCGCCUGGGUCACGGCCUUGUUGGAGCAUCCGGUAUACAAACAUCGGAUCCAACUGCAGUAUUGGACUGUGGACACUAUGGAUUCGGAGGGCUUACCCGAUAACUUUCUGCCCGCCUUCAAACAUGCCUUUGAGAAUUUGGCCGUUCCUGCUUCGGCGAGUGAUGUCCGGCGGUAUGCCGUCUUGUACGACAAGGGCGGCCUGUGGUUUGACACGGAUCACGUCUAUCUGUCAGAUGUUCGACCGCUCAUGGGAUACGAUUAUGUAGUGGUGGCAGAUCGGAACAAGCUCAACAAUUGUGCGAUUGGUACCCACCAACGCCAUUCGGAAAUGAUGAAGCGAAUCUUACAUCAAGUGGUCAAGACCUAUGAGAACAAGAAUGACGGAAAGUAUUAUCGAUUUGGGCCCUAUUUGUUUGAAGACAUGAGAAAAGACAAGUCAAAGGCCAUGCCAUUCGGAGUAUUGAAUGCCUGUUUGUUUGAUGCCUGGGGUGGUCAUGCGAAAAACCAACCCUGGUGGUGGGACUUUUCACAAAAGAAGGCUUCGAAGCGACAUAUGCAGUUCCUUCAAGAUCGAACUGGACCUUUUGCUUAUCAUUGGCAUGGACUGUGGCCCGACAAGGUGAUUCCAACAUCAAGUGCUUCCAUUUUGCACAAGAACUACGUGGUACAAUUGGGAUUAGAUCCAGAGAUCUUCAAAGCGGACAUGUCAGAGGUGGAUUGGACACCAUUCAAGGAUUAUAACCCAUACUCUGGAGAGACAAUCCCACUUCCAGAGAGUUACUUUUGA